CCACCUUCCUGGUUGCGCGCCUUGCGUAUAUCUUACAUUCAUUCCUACACCCUCUUUCCUAAUGUCGUCGGACCAUUCAACACUUUCCUACGAGAAAUCAAGGACCAUUGAUGGGCAACCCAUGCGAGGUACACACAAAGUGAAAUAUCACCCAAGCGCAGAGUGGGAUUUCCAGUUGGACAGCGAACAUCUACCUAUCGAUCUCUCGCUGAUCCUGCCUCAUUACCGCGCGCGAAGUCAGCCAAUUGAACACCGCAUGGCGAUGUUCGCCGAGUCUCGAUCAAGCCCUGUCAAGUUGAAAGUGUGCCGGAACUCUCCUCGGACUAGAUUCUACCUUGAAGUACAAGGCGGCGCAUCAGAUGUCACCCUCUGGCUUCCCUCGGAUUUCAAAGGACGGAUACACCACGCGGGAAAGGCCACGUUUUCUGCUGGGUUUAUCAACCGGAUUUUGCGGAGGGCUCGCGUGAACGAGCCACAUGGGGAGGAACGUCACGAUGAAGACGAGGUCGUCGUGAUAACACGUGGGCGCAUCACAUUCAAAAUGUGGGACGUACAAACGUCUUCGCCCGAGAAUACCCACAAAGAGUCACUAAAAAGAAUUUUUGGUUGCUCUUGGAAAGCACCUGAGACAGUCAUCGAUUGGGACUUCUUGCUAAAAGAUUAACCCUUCGGAGUUGAUUUUGUCCUUUCCCUGUCCGCAAUUUCUCCGGCCUGCUGCCUUCCAUUCAUCACUCUUUUUAUUACGGCCUUCACAUCCGUCUCAUCACAUUCCCUGCACUCAUACAUUUCGUUCGUGUCCGAUCCCUUCAACAUCACAUACUGUAGCACUAGCACCAGAUUCGACCUGUAGCCUCAUAUACCUUCCCUCACAUUGUAGCACAAGCUCUCACCUAUGCCUCUAGUAGAAUUCUAUGAUCACCAACGUAUCACCGACUA